CUCGCGCUGCUGAGACAAGGCAGAGCACUGAGGACCGGCGGCGGCGCGCGCUCACAGACUCCCACUCAGCCAUACACACACACACACACACACACACACACACACACAUACAUACACACACACUCCCCAAACAAAGAGAAGCACGCGAGGCAGCACAGCAUCCCACCCUUUCAGCCGCGAGCUCAGUCACUUGCAGAACCGCCCCCCCUCCCCUAUAAAAAAAAAAUCCCUCUCACACAGAACCGGUCCGGUCCGAGGCUCGAGCGCACAGAACCGACAAUGACAACUAACGGCGCGUCUAACGGAACCAGCGACAUGCUGCAGAUCCAGUUCGGUCUGAUCAACUGCGGGAACAAAUACUUGACGGCGGAGACCUUCGGCUUCAAGAUCAACGCGUCCGCCACGAGCAUGAAGAAGAAGCAGAUCUGGACUCUGGAGCAGAGCGGCGACGACUCCAGCGGGAACGUGUUCCACCUCAAGUCACAUCUGGGCCGGUACAUCGCCGCCGACAAGGACGGGAACGUUACCGGAGACAGUGAGACCCCGGGCCCGGAGUGCCGGUUCAUCAUCACCGCCCAUGACGACGGCCGCUGGUCCCUGCAGUCCGAACCGCACGGGCGCUACCUGGGCGGAACCGAGGACCGGAUCAUCUGCUUCGCCCAAACCGCCUCCGUGGCGGAGAAAUGGAGCGUGCACAUCGCCAUGCACCCGCAGGUGAACAUCUUCAGCCUGACGCGCAAGCGGUACGCGCACCUGAGCAGCAAGGUGGACGAGAUUGCCAUCGACCGGGACGUCCCGUGGGGGGUGGACUCCAUGAUCACGCUGGUGUUCCGCGAGCAGCGCUACCACCUGCAGACCUCCGACAACCGCUUCCUGAGGAACGACGGCGCGCUGGUCGCCACCACGGACAAGAGCACGGGGUACACGCUGGAGUUCCGCUCCGGUAAGGUGGCCUUCAGGGACUGUAGCGGCAAGUACCUCGCGCCCUCCGGGCCCUCCGGUACCAUGAAGUCCGGCAAGAGCGCGCGCGUGGGCAAGGAUGAGCUGUUCGUGCUGGAGCAGAGCCACCCGCAGGUCGUGCUCACCGCGGCCAACGAGAGGAACGUCUCCACCCGGCAAGGUAUGGACCUGUCAGCCAAUCAGGACGAGGAAGGUGACCAGGAAGUGUUCCAGGUGGAGAUUUGCCGCGAAAACAGGAAGUGUGCGUUUCGGACCGCUGCUGGGAAAUACUGGACCCUCACUGCUAACGGCGGCCUGCAGUGCACCGCAUCCACCAAGUCAGCUAAUUGCUACUUUGACAUCGAGUGGCGUGGGAAGAGGCUGACACUCCGGGCAGCCAACGGGAAAUAUGUUGCCGCCAAGAAGAACGGCCAGCUAGCAGCCACCAUGGACUCCGCAGGUGAGACCGAGGAGUUCAUCAUGAAGCUGAUUAACCGCCCGAUCAUCGUGCUGCGCGGGGAGCACGGCUUCAUCGGCUGCAGGAAGGUGACGGGGACGCUGGACUCCAACCGCUCCUCCUACGACUACUUCACCCUGGAGUUCAGAGACGGAGCCUACAGCCUGCAAGACUCCACGGGUAAAUACUGGAUGGUUGGGAACGAGCAGUCGGUGGUGAGCAGCAGCGACACGCCCGUCGACUUCCUCUUCGAGUUCUGUGACUACAACAAGCUGGCGGUCCGCCACGGCGCCGACGGCAAGUACCUGCGCGGCGACCACGCCGGCGUGCUGAAGGCCAACGCUGACGACCUGGAGACCGCCACACUCUGGGAAUACUGAGGGGAAACCACGGCAACGGGGGGAUGCGGUCGCCCACUGCUGCGAUGCUAAUGAAUGAAUGAGUGAAUGGAGUGUGGCGACGCAGCAUGGCGGCACUACCCGUCCAUACAUCUACCUAUCCACCCUCCCCUCCCCUCCCUCCCCCCCUCCCCUUAUAUUAUUUCUGACUUUAUUUGUUGAUAAACUGCACAGAGAGAACAGGAAGGAUAGAAGAAGGAGGGAGACUAUUCUCUCUUUAUCUCCUGCCUCCCUUCUUUUUAUCCUUCCGUCCUCCCUUUCCCAGCUCUGCUCUGCAGCGCCGACCUUUAUCUGUUGCCAUAGUUACCGUGGGGCCGUGCACUUUUUCUGCUCCGAUCUGGUUCGCUGCUCGACCUGUCACUCACUCCCUCCUUCGCCUUACGAUUGGGCCCUCCCCCUCCCAGAGUAGAGCAGAGCCACAUUUAAAGAGCCCCCCCCCCCCUCUGAGUUAACACCCCCCCCACCCUCAUCUCCCUACCUGUCUCUAUUGUCUGUGUGAGCAGCACAUGGUGGCAGUAUUUAUGGUGUCUGGCCUGGUCUGGUGGAGCCGUUUCUACCGGAUGCGAUCUCCCAAAACACAGACUCACACCUGGACCACACCUGCGCUCCAGCUGCUUCCUGUCGGCUGGAGGUGAAGGGUGGAGAAACGUGGGCGUGUCUUUGGCGCAGGUCGGAUCAUGUGGAAACUGAUUUCCUGCUUCCAUCAGGCCAGGUGUGUGUUUGUCUUCAGGAGCAGGCCUCGCUGCCUGUGUGUGAUAUAACUGGAGUGGAUCUUAUGAUGAUAAAGAUAUCAAACAUGAUGUAACUGACGGGUUUAACCCCCCCUCCCCCCCUCCCCUUAUAUUAUUUCUGACUUUAUUUGUUGAUAAACUGCACAGAGAGAACAGGAAGGAUAGAAGAAGGAGGGAGACUAUUCUCUCUUUAUCUCCUGCCUCCCUUCUUUUUAUCCUUCCGUCCUCCCUUUCCCAGCUCUGCUCUGCAGCGCCGACCUUUAUCUGUUGCCAUAGUUACCGUGGGGCCGUGCACUUUUUCUGCUCCGAUCUGGUUCGCUGCUCGACCUGUCACUCACUCCCUCCUUCGCCUUACGAUUGGGCCCUCCCCCUCCCAGAGUAGAGCAGAGCCACAUUUAAAGAGCCCCCCCCCCUCUGAGUUAACACCCCCCCCACCCUCAUCUCCCUACCUGUCUCUAUUGUCUGUGUGAGCAGCACAUGGUGGCAGUAUUUAUGGUGUCUGGCCUGGUCUGGUGGAGCCGUUUCUACCGGAUGCGAUCUCCCAAAACACAGACUCACACCUGGACCACACCUGCGCUCCAGCUGCUUCCUGUCGGCUGGAGGUGAAGGGUGGAGAAACGUGGGCGUGUCUUUGGCGCAGGUCGGAUCAUGUGGAAACUGAUUUCCUGCUUCCAUCAGGCCAGGUGUGUGUUUGUCUUCAGGAGCAGGCCUCGCUGCCUGUGUGUGAUAUAACUGGAGUGGAUCUUAUGAUGAUAAAGAUAUCAAACAUGAUGUAACUGACGGGUUUAACCCCCCCUCCCCCCUCCCCCUCUCUUCAUCUCAACUGUAAAAUAUUGAAAUGUAAACCAGUUUUCCUGUGUUGUUCUCUAGCUGUGAUCUCUUUGGGUGGCGGGGGAGUCUAUUUCCUGGACCAAACAGGAUGUAUGAAGUUAAAACACUUAUCCUCCUUUUUUUUUCUCCCCUCCUCCACAAGCUAAAACCUAUUGUCCUGAGAACAGUAUAAAGAAAAAAAAUAAAUAAAAAUGGUGCGGUCACUUAUGUUUACUGCACUCGCACGUCUUACUGGAAUAAUAAUGAUUUAAAAAAAAAACAAAAAAAAAAAACACAAAUACUUGCUGACACAGUUGGAUUAAUUUCUUUUUCUAUGUCCAAGGCACAGACAUUAUCAUGGGUAGGAGAACAGUAGGUAGCCAUAGCAACUGGAGUGAAAUGAUUUAUAGAUCCCUUUUUUUGAAAGCUGCUUUUUGAAUCCCGCAACCAAACUUAAACCUCAGCCUUUAUCUAGACCAAACCUUUGAUACUGGACAAACAAACCGUCAUCUCACACGCAACCAACAGAACUGGAACCUGGUGCUACCAACCAACUCGUAACAUGUUUAAGAAAAAAGCAUCUCGCACACUGUGUUGGACCAGCAGACGUUGUUCUCCGCUGUGUCUCCGCCCCCCCCCCCCGCACUCAAGCGCCUCGCCAUGUAACCGAAAGGCCUGUGAGAGCGCCCUUUAAUAAUUUACUUCUAUUUUUGGUUUUAGUUUCAGUGUCACGACAGUCUUAACGAUGACAUGUGACCAAAUUUAAUUUGUUUUUGUUGGAUGUUUAAUAUUUCCCGACUCGUCGGUGUGGGUGGGGGGAAGGGAUGAGUUACAAAAAAAAAUUUAAAAAUAAGAAAAAAAAUAAAUAAAUAACACAGCAGAAUUUGUCGUCUAUUUAAACUGUUACGCAGUCGUGUAGCACGUUGCACCCACGGGUCGUAACCCUCUUUGAUUCUCAACCCUUCUGCACCCUGCUUCCUUUAUAACGCAUUCAGCAGCAGUGGUUUUUCUCUGAUUUCUACAAUACAGUAAAGAUUACCUUGGCGCAUUGCUGAAUUAUUGGGCCCUUCCACUCAUCAUCAUCAUCAUCAUCAUUUUCAUAAUCAUCAUCGUUGUAAAACAUUCCUCUGAUGUGGAAAUCAGAACGGAAAACCAAUCAUUGUAGCCCCCAUGAAAUGAUACAUGAUUGUAGCCGGCUCUAAACCAAGUCCGUCCAAUUUCCUCUCUGAAGUUUUGACCGUUUUGUGCACGAAGGGCUGAGAAUCUCAAGCGACUUAAAAAGGAGUGGUUAUCCUCAGAGAAACCAGCGUCUCCAAGGUAACCAAGACCAAGGCUUAGACAAACGGAUGUGGAAGGGUAAACAUGUGGUAAUGACUGUGCCUUACUCUUGAGUUUUUGGGCAGUAGGAAAAAAAAAAAGAUUUAAAAAAAUGGGAAAAAAAAGGAUUAAAGUCCACAUCUUUGCUUUGUAUAACUGGAACUUCCUUUUGUAUUAUUAUUUUGUAUAAUUUUUUUCAAUAUUGUGGAAUUAAUCUUUCUCUCUCUCUCGUGCCAUUGGUUCACCUGAAAUCCAACGACCAAUAAAAAUGGGAUUUGGAACGCUA